UCUCUCUCUCUCUCUCUCUUCUCUCUCUCUUUCUGUGCUUUUUUGUUUUCACUCUGUGUAGUGCCGGCUCGCUUCACUGCAAUGGCGUGAAAUUAAACCAUUGCCUGUCCGUACACCAUCCUUUUUGUAACCGUCAAGAUACAGAAAAUCCCAUCGUUUUUUUUUUCUUCUUUUUCUCUUUAAAGAAAAACCCCAAAACCAAUAUCGCCAAAGAGCAAUCUUCAACUGAAAAGGAAACGUUUUUAAAUUUCCAUUUUUUUCGUGAAGAUGUUUAAACUGGGUGAGAAGAAGGAGAAGAUGAUGAUGGUAAGGGACAUGAAGAGAAAUAGUGAGCUUGAAACUUUAUUGAAUGAGAUCCCUCAAGCUCCUGCGUUUCUCAAUCUUCAACACCAUUCACAAAUGAGUGGAGUUUCUCCUUCUCCUUCAAGCUCUUUCUCUAAUGGGUUUUCUUCUCCUGAAGAAAGUUCACCGUUUGAAGAACAACAGCGCCAACAACAACACAAGUUUCAUCUUAAUGGACUCUGGUUGGAUUCUAAAUCAUUACCUGAUUCUCAUUAUAGAAAUAAGAAUGUCUAUGAAAAAACGUUGGUCGAUGAUGGUUUUGGUUUGUGUGAGAAUCUAUACCAAAUGCAUAUUAGAGAUGAAGAAAGAGAUAGAGAUAUUUCUGGUCGAAUGAGGAGAUUUGAGAGGGACCCAGACGAUUUUGGCUUUAGUUUUGGUGAUGUUUCUUCUUAUAAUGUGGAAAAAUAUGGUUCAUAUGAAGGUUUUAACAAAGAGUUUCAAUCUUCUCCACAACAGGUUUCUUUGUAUUUUGAUGGUGAUGACCUCAGGUCCACCUUGCUUGGCUUGCCGGCUGGAUAUGAAAAGGGUGAUUCAUUGGGGUCUUACACUAGCAGUUACAAUCAGUCGAAUGGUUUGUCUUCAAAAUCUAGUUGGCAAAAUAACCCAAGAAACUAUCUUUUGGAGCAGAGGGUCGAACAGGCUAGGAGUAUGGAUAAUAGGGGAAUUCUAUUACAGAAUGCUUUUAGUACUAGGCCCUGCCUUGAUAAUCCUUUUGUUGGCUUACAGCAAUGUGGAAUGGAUGGUAAUGUAGGUAGAGCCGUCAUUGAUUCUUUGACUUCUCCCAGGUUCUUGCACAGUAAGAUUCCUCUUGAAGAGAAAGUAGAGGAUAGUGUCAUCAUUCAAGGAAAGGAUUUGAAGUAUGGUAUUACGAACAAGGUACAUGAUUCAUUUAAGUGUCAUAAGAAAAAGUCUCUCAAAGAGAUUGCAAUGCAAAACCUCCAAGAGAAAAGCUCUAAGCUUGAUAAAAUUCAUGGAGAAAAUGUGACACUGAUGCCAACUCCGUAUUCCUUGGCUGAGUUUCAAGGUUGUAUAUUUUACAUGGCUAAGGACCAAAAUGGUUGUCGGUUCUUACAAAGGAUAUUUGAUGAAGGAAGCUGCUUAGAUGUGCAAAUAAUAUUCAAUGAGAUUAUUGAUAACAUUGUUGAACUUAUGAUGGAUCCCUUUGGAAACUACCUUGUGCAAAAGAUGCUUGAUGUAUGUACUGAAGAACAAAGACUGCAGAUUGUGCUCACGGUGACCAAAGAAGCAGGGCAGCUUGUGAGGAUUUCCUUAAACACAUAUGGUACACGUGUGGUACAGAAGCUGAUUGAGACUCUCAAAUCCAGACAACAGAUUGCUCUUGUUAAAUCUGCUCUAAAACCUGGAAUUCUUGAUCUUAUCAAAGAUCUCAAUGGGAAUCAUGUGCUGCAGCGCUGCUUGCAAUGCCUUGACAAUGAAGACAAUAAGAUUAUUUUUGAUGCUGCUGCAAAAUUUUGCGUAGAUAUUGCUACUCAUCGUCAUGGAUGCUGUGUGUUGCAACGCUGCAUUGCUCAUUCCAAUGGGCAACAUCGAGAUAAGCUAAUUACCCAAAUUUCCAGAAAUGGGCUUCUUCUGGCUCAAGAUCCUUUUGGAAAUUAUGUUGUUCAAUACAUUAUAGAGUUAAAGGUUCCCUCUGCCAUUGGGAACUUGCUUUCUCAGUUCAAAGGGCACUAUGUUCACCUCUCAAUGCAGAAAUUUAGCAGUCAUGUUGUUGAAAAAUGCCUCAAGCAUUUUUCAGAAAGUCGGUCACAAAUCAUCCGUGAGUUAAUAUCUGUUGGCCACUUUGAACACUUAUUGCAAGAUCCAUUUGCCAACUAUGUCAUUCAAUCUGCUUUAGCAGUAACCAAGGGUCCUCUUCAUGCUUCUCUAGUUGAAGCUGUCAGACCCCACACGAUCUUGCGAACCAGCCCAUAUUGCAAGAGAAUUUUCUCACGGAACCUUCUUAAAAAAUGAUGGAGUCAAUUUGCCAGUGUUGUUGUGCUUCCAAAGUUGCUAGCUGUUCAUUACAAAUAAGCAAUCAUGUCCUUGGAUUACUAGAUAUAGAAUGUACAUGGAAUUCUGAUGCUGCUGUCCUGACGGAAGGCUUAGAGCUUCAGAUGAGUGGAUGACCUUCGUGACUCUCAAGGACGUAGAAGAAAAUUUUGCUUCUAGUUGUUAAUUAUGUAGUAGCAACUUGUAUUAUUCUGUUGUCUUGUUGUUGUCUUGCCGAUCCAAACUUUGGAUGUAUGAUAUUUUAUCACGUUUAAGAUUGUGAAUUUCUGCACAAAUCUGAUGCCUGAAUUUCCUUUCAGGUUGCAUUUUUACUUCAUUUUUGAAAAUAGAGAUACUUAAAUAGCUUCUUUGUGGGAGCUUGAUUGCAUAUAGAUGUCAAAGUAUAUUGAACAAAACUUCUUUUGAGAAAACAGAUAUGCGGAUGAAAGAUAAAAUUUCUCUAGCACAGAAUAUUUCAUAAGCCUUUUGAGGCUUCACUAGGGGGCAGAGACAUGUUUGCGAAGGUUAAACUCUGAUCGAUCAUCACUAAUUCAUAUCAGCUAGCAUCAGAUUUGUUGACUGAAGACACCGUAUAAUACCCAUCAAGAGUUGACCUGAUAUAUUUAAUCAAAUUAGUAGGAUCAAACUUUCAUUUGCUAAAACUGUCAUUUCUAGCUUCUACUACAAAAAGCUUUAAAGUUUCAAUUGAUAAAAAAAAG